GAAUGCCGUUGAAAUCGAACCGCAUGUUUACCAGACAGGAGUGUCGAGGGAGUUUGCGUUGUGUACCUCGUAUUGUAUUCCAUGGCGAUGAGAUUAGUGGCAAGUAUCUCCAAGUACUAGCCAAAGGGAGGCCACAACGUUUUGAGGCAUCAGCAGUGGGUUUGCGGCUCACAAAGCAUCACUAUCCAUUAGCUGUCCGUGUUGCAUCCGACCUGCCCUAAACGCAAACGCUGCUUCUUGCAGCUGGCAAGUCAUCCGGCCAUGUCACAGGUGACGCAUACGCAGCUCCGUUACAACUGACAUAUCGAACAAUUAUGAU